AUGCCGACGUAUCCCAUCCGCCGCCGACCACGCGAGUGCAAGACAUGCUUGCCAUGUCGCGCUAGUAAGGUCCGCUGCGACCGCGAAGUGCCCUGCGGGAAUUGCGUCAAGCGGAACUUCACCUGUUCUUACGGUCGCCCGCCGUCCAACAAAUUAUCAGCCUCGGUUACUCUCCACCAAACCUCCACGCCGCUCCAGUCGUCGUUCGCAUCGCCCGCUGUUGCGCCAUCAUACUCCCAAUCCCAACGGGAUUCAUCAUAUACAUCCUAUACUGUCGAUCCGCCUUCCGCAGCUAGCGAUGAACCAGACCUGGAUCCCUCGGAGGUCAUCGACAUCUCGCAGGCCGAGUGGGAUGAUAUCAAUAACAAGAUGGUCGCUAUGGAACAGAUUCUCGGAAGCCUGCAUUCACUCUUCCAAACACACUCGUCCCGGAAACGAACCGACGAUCAGAGCAUGGAGCGGAAGGAAUCCAUCCGGUCGGAGGGUGUCUACGGGUCGAACGUGCUGACAACCGGUACCGUCCAUCUCGGCUCUCGGUCCGCGUUGGUAGAUAUUCUAGACAAAUCCAAGGGCUCGGAGGAUACAGCGCAGGCGCUACCUCAGGAGGAUCUCCUCGCCGAACUGGCGCUGGGCAAUGAGUCGGUCGCAUACCCAUUCGUGGAUCUUUGGUCAUCCGAUCCUUACACAUUCAACAUUGCUGGAGUGUGCGCGGUUCUACCGGACGAUGUUCAAUGCCGGAGAUUUGUGAAGUUCUAUAAAGAUAUCGGUGCGGUGUUGUACCCCGUACUACCAGAUCUUGACAAGAUCGAGCGACAGACGAAUCAGAUACUUUUGGGUAGGCAACGGGCAGGUGGGGUCUAUAAACCGGACGCCAAUGGUUUAGUCAAACCUUUCGGGAUGGAGCUGCCCUUCCUCAGCUUGCUUUUUGCGAUUCUGGCCUCGGGAUGUCAAUUGUCCGAUCUUCCGGAGCGUGACCGUGAGCUGACAUCAUGGGUAUACGUAUCCUGCGCAUACCAAUGCUUGCGAAUGCUGAAUUACGUUUCGCAACCCACGGUAGAGGUUAUACAGAUUCUACUCAUUAUCAGCAAUGUAUUAUCAUAUAAUAUGAACGCUGGUGCGUCCUACACAUUACUUGGCAUGACAGAACGGAUGUGUCUUGUUCUCGGUCUUCAUGUCGAAACCACCGGAUUCUCCUUUGAGGAGCAAGACAUUCGAAGACGUGUCUGGUGGUCGAUGGCUUUCCAGAACAGCCACUUUUCACUCGCUUAUGAUCGACCUUCCAUCACCAUGGUCAGCCAACCCGAAAUUCCCUAUGAUCGUAAAUCCAUGCCGGGGCAUCGAUCCUAUUUUGAAACCCUAUGCCGGGUCGUAUCGCUUGCAUUGGAGGUGUUGCGGUCACGAAUGCACCCAAACCAUUCCCAACCCCGGUUCAAUGAGAUUCAAGAAUACAAGCACCGGAUUCAGCGCAUGCUUGCCGAAGCCGCACCACAUCUGCGCCAUCGAGAACAUUGCCGAUCGCUAGCCGAACAUAUCGAACGAACUGAGCUCCGACUGCACGCUUCGUAUCUUCUUUCAGUCUUGUGUCGAGUGUCAUUAGAUUCGCAUGCGCAUUUAGAUGAACACCGUCGAGUAUUGAUUCGGGAGGACUGUAUUAGAAGCUUGAUUGACACGGUGGAUGCAUUCGUGGAGUUGCAUGAAAUCAAUCCACAUUGCUCUCGGUCCUGGAUCAGCCUGCAAAGAUCCAUUGCUUCGGCCUUUCUGCUGAUCACCAAUGAUGAUGGCCCGCGGACAUGGGAGCUCAUUGAUCGUCUAGAGAAAGUCCUAGCAGAUCACGUAUAUGCAGACGGUGACGCCAAUCAUAACAAUCGCACUGAUUCUGCUAAGCAUCUUGCUUCGUCUCUUCGUGCCCUGCGUGAGAUUCGGGAGGCAUUCCGUGUCCGCAAACCUGCGUCGACUGGCAAACCUGUGUCGACUGCCCCAGCACAAAGCCAAUACCAACCUUACUCACCCCUAAUUUUGCCUUCCCCUCCAUCAAUUGACACCACCCCCGAUUUCCCUCCAAGCUUUGCGGCUACUGGCGGUUCCGCGCUUCCCAUGGAUGAUUGGAGUAUGCGCAAUAUUUUGGGUCGUGUGUCGGAUGUCAUGCUGUUCCCAAGUAUGAGUGGACAGAACCCGGCCACUUAG